AUCCUCAGAUGCACUAUAUUGCCAAAAGUAUUGAGGUAUCCCUCCAAAUUAUUGGAUUGUUCCAAUCACCUCCAUGGCCACAGGUGUAUAAAAUCAAGCACCUAGGCAUGCAGAAUUCUACAAACAUGUGUAAAAGAAUGGGUCGCUCUCAGGAGCUCAGUGAGUUCAAGCGUGGAACCAUGAUAGGUUGCCACCUGUGCAAUCCAUCUGUGAAAUUUCCUUGUUACUAAAUAUUCCAUGGUCAACUGUUAGUGGUAUUAUAAAAAAGUCAACAGAGUCAAUAGCUAUUAACAGAAUUCAGGCACAAGGUGGUAGGCCACGUAAAAUGACAGAGCGGGGUCAGCACAUGCUGAAGCACACAGUGCGCAGAAGUUGCCAACUGUCUGCAGAGUCAAUAGCUAAAGACCUCCAAACUUCAUGUGGCCUUCAGAUGAGCACAACAAUAUUGUAAAGAGAGCUUCAUGGAGUUGGUUUCCAUGGCCGAGAAGCUGCAUCCAAGCCUUACAUCACCAAGUGCAAUGCAAAGCGUCAGAUGUAGUGGUGUAAAGC